AGGAGCAUCGUGUGAGGGUGGCGCAAAGACACUGGAAAACAUCCAUCCAGGUGGGACACCAUGAAGAAGCAGAAAUUCAAUUUUAAAUGGUUUGGGAAUAUAACCAACCUGUCACGCAGCAGGUCAUCAGACAAAGCAAACAGCAAAGUUGUCCCAAAGCAUCAUGGGAGUCUCAGCGAGGCCCCACUUGGGGAAAGAUCCACCGAUGCCAUGGAGGUUGACCCACGAGGCCUUGUCCUCGCCAGCUCCAGGGACACGUCCUCCCACCUGGUCACGCUGCCGCGCCGCUCACUCAAACAGAAGGGCAAGAGGGGCUCGAAGAAGGCCACCGAUGAAGAUGAGCUCCAGAGGCAGCAGGGGGGGGACUACGUGCGGGACUCUCCCCUGCUGAGCGCUCUGUCCAACGGCCACGUGAUUGGCCCGGAUGGCGUCCUCGUCGACCCUUCUGGAGGAAAACGACUCGCGGGCGAGGCCAGCGGCGCAGGUCCUGAUGCCAAAACGAAAUCAGCAGCGCUAAAGAGUGAAAAGCCCACCUCGUCAGCGCAGCACUCCCCCCCUGCUCACUGCAAAGAAUCAUGGGUUUCUGAACAGCCCGGGACACAGACGACCCCCCAACAAAAGUGCGACCCCACAUCCCAGGUCACGGUGGCAAUACGUUCAUCGCCACCACAGACGCCAAAGCAGGACCCUAAGCAGCAUGAAGGUCCAGUGGAAGGAAGCGAGGAUGCAGAGCCACUUGGCAGCCUCAUGAACUCAAUGGACAGCAGGGGGGAGUAUGUGAAGUUCUCCAAGGAGAAGUACCAAGUAGAUGGCCAUGCUGAGAGACUGGAAGAAGAGUUAGAAGAGGAGCUAAAGCUGAACAGCGGCAACAUAAGAGGCCAAGGCUGGUAUCAUGGCCACAUAUCCCGUGAGGUGUCAGAGAAGCUUGUCAUGCGGAAUGGGGACUUCCUGAUACGGGACUCACUCACCAGUGUGGGGGACUAUGUACUGACCAGCCGAUGGAAUAACAAGGUUCUUCACUUUGUAAUUGGAAAAGUUCUGGUUGGAACUCAGGACCCAAACCCUCAGUUUCAGUACUUUUUGGGAAGGGAGAGCUUCAGUUCUGUUGCAGCUCUUGUUCACUUCUAUGCUGGAACUCGCCAGCCAGUGUCUUUAGAGAGUGGUGCUCAGAUCUACAGUCCCAUCAACCGGACCCUUCCCUUACACUACCUGGAGGCUGACUUUACUAUGGUCCAGGAGAAGCAAGACUCAACCCACUCUCCAUCAGGCUUAAGGGAAACAUGUAUGGAGUGGCAAAGUAUCACCAUGGCAAAUAGGCUGGCAAUUCAAAGCCAAGAACUCCACAACCCUUUGUCACCUGUCAGAGAUGCACUCCUUUCACCACCAUACACCUCUAGCACCCACCACAGAAGCCCAUCUGUUGGUAAGUUACUGGGUGUAGUUCCACCCUCUCCUGCCACACAUCGAUCCAGUGAUCCAUAUACCUCCUCAAACCAGAACAAUCUUCACCCAGAGGCUUGCAGGUUCUGCCCCCCCUCCGCAUGUGCCCCACCCAGCAAGGGCUAUGUGGGACAUCUACAUGUAAAGAGAAAAAAAGAGGAGAGGAGUCAUGUCUUCAAUGCCCCCCCAGUGGAGAUGAGCUCCUCUUUUAGACCAGGCCAAUACCAGUCACCACUGAUGCCAAGCGAGAACAAGCCCCUGGAGGUUGGCAUCCUAAAGAGGGUGAAAGAACUGCUCACUGAGGUGGAUGCUAGGACUGCGGCCCAGCACCUCACUAUGGCAGACUGCAUGGUUGCAAGAAUGCUGGAUUUUUCCACUGAGAUGCAGAACAUGAUGGCUGUGGACUCCGGUCUGGAGUUGUUGACACUUCCACAUGGACAGCAGCUGCGUCUGGACCUGCUGGAAAGGUUCCAUACCAUGUCCAUCAUGAUUGCAGCAGAGCUUCUGGGCUGUACUGGCAGCAGGGAAGAGAGGGCUGCUCUCCUCCACAAGACCAUCUUGCUGGCUGCUGAGCUCAAGAGCAGCAUGGGUAACAUGUUUGGCUUUGCUGCCGUCAUGAGAGCACUGGCGCUGCCACAGAUUUCACGUUUAGAGCAGAUGUGGAUGAUUUUACGGCAGAGACACACAGAGGCUGCCAUCCUCUAUGAGAAGAAACUGAAGCCUUACCUCAAGACCAUUAAUGCUGAGGGCUGCGUGCUGCCGGAUACCACUUUCCCUCAUGUGGUCCCACUGCUGUUGCUGCUGGAGAGCAGUGUGGACAUGGGAGAUGGUGUGGAGCUUUGGGAUAAAGUGGACAUGGAGGUGGAUGUUGUGAUGAAUCAUCUGGAAGUGGCACGUGCCAUAGCACAUGAGGGAGAAAAGUACUGCAGCAAUGUACAGACUAAACUACAGGAGUUCCAGGAGCGUCCGGAGGUGCUCGAAGUUUUCCUCACCGAGUUCCAGAUGCGGCUGCUGUGGGGUAGCAGGGGGUCUGAGGCAAGCCAGGCGGAACGCUACCAGAAAUUCGACAGGGUCCUGACAGCUCUGUCCAACAAGCUGGAGCCCUAUAGUGGACACAGUGUGGAACGAACGUGAUAGGGCCCUGCGUCAGGGAAGAAGAUGGGCUGGAAGCAAUCGGACGUCUCGACGUGCCUCCCCAAACGGGGCGAAGGAGUGUGGCCAUUGUUUCACGGGGCAUCUGAUAGCCAUGUGCAGACCAGGUGCGAAAUGUGCGGAAAAGUCAGCCCAGAAUGUUGAAUGACAGUGUGUAAGAUUGUGAGCCGUCAGUGAGAGGAGUCGUAUUUACGGAGAAUGACUGGUUAAUGUCGCCUCGCGGCUGUCGCAUACUGCUGCACUGUCGAUUUCUUCUCUCCCGCCGUUAAGCUGGCGAUGUGAAAAACAAGACUGAGCACAAUGGUAAUCCAUGGUGAGGUUAGAAAAAUAUAUUCAUGCUUGCCCCUAUAGCCUGGAGUACUCCUAACUCCCAACCCCAUGAACUGUUCUUUUUAAAUUCAGCUUCUGCACUUUUAUGUUUAAAAAAAUCCCAGUCUAUUUUACUGCUGCUAAUGAUUUGUUUUUUUUAGAUGUUGUUUUGCCACGGGGUCAGGUAUGAAAGCCACAUGAAUGUGGUAAAUGCACAAGCAGUGCAGAUCUCAGGUGUGAAUGCUCCUUCAGUCAGCUCACAGAGCCAGUUUUUUUUUUACCCUAUUACAGUUUAUCUUUGCUAGAGUGCUCUGGUGGCUGGGGAGCGACCCCUGAUGAGCCCACAGCAUCCAAGAGCGCUGGAUGUGAGCCUAUCUGCUCAAUGUCUUCCAGCCGCUUGGGCAACCAGAGGUGAACCCAGGGAACCGGACUGAACCGGUGCCAGUUUGGCCGAUCCCUGCUGACCUCUGUCUGCUGUGUGCUUUUGUUUCGUCGUUUUGGCUUCUUCCAGUCAGGUCCAGAGGCAGUAACUCCAGGUAAAAUAGUGGUAGGAAACUGCUGUGACUUGCUGCGUCCGUAAAACAGGAUGCUGGACAAGAGACAAUGGAUCCUGGUGCAGUGAAGCUCCCAAAAAGACUCGAUAUGAACUGUAAAACCAGAAUUUUCUACAGCCGUCCACCCUAAAAACAAACAAUCAAACUGUUCUGCAUAACAGAUUUCUCUGUUUUGCAGAAAAUUGCAGAAUGUUCCCUGUUUGUUUUUUUGUAUGUCAUGAAAGAAAAAUUCCCAUUGUAAC